UCUGUUGAACUCAGCCAGUCGGCGACAUUAGUGGCAUGGAACAGAUUGAACGGGUAUGUUUGGAAUCUUCUUCUUGGCUGUCGUGUUUGGCUGUUCGCGAGAAUUGUUUACAAUCUGAUAUCCCACAUAUCCCGAUUUUGAUCGAGGAUAUUCCUCGAUACGCGUCUUUACCUGAUUAUAAAGAGAAUUGUAUACAAACCAUACAAACAAUUGGUGAGAUUGUACCCAUCACAGCGCGAGUUGCGCAUUUACAAAGUAUUUCAUCAGAUCGCGAGGCAAGAAUUACUCUUAGUCUAGAGGAACUUCCUGUACAUGCUCUUUAUUUCAAGGAUAGCAAGGGAAGGCACCUACUUAUAUGGCUUUUGCCGCUUUUUUAUAAUUGGCUUUUCAUCAUAAAGUUUCACAUGAACGCAGAUCAUCAGACAAUAUGCACAAGUCAAAGUCGAAAAAAAGGAAGCAGAGUUUCAAUCCAAAAACAGCAGAAACUGAUGAGAAUAGUUUCAUGCAUUAUGGAAUGCGUUAUGGAAGAAAAUUAAGGGCGAGGAGGUGACCAUGUCAUUAAUUAUUCGGUCGAAUACUGAAUUUUGAAUUUUAUUACAGUCUUUUCAGCUCUUUCGCAAUAUAAAGUGCAAAGUAUAUAAUGGUGACAUUAAAUUUGCAUCAACAGAUGCGCGAGGACUAGGCUUCAAAAUUGCAUCAUGUGUGAUAAGUGUGAGCAAACAUUCCUUCGAGUUUGUUUAUAAAUCAUUUAUACGAAGUAAGUAGACGUUUUAUUUUUACAAUGAAAAUGCUCGACUUAGGACAUGCAACUUGUGCAAAAUUUUGCGGUCUCAUGGAUAUGCCGCCGUUUUUCUUUCAUAAUACUUAUGAUAUUUGUAUUAUACUACAACAUACGUAAAAGAUGUAUAUGUUCGAUUUAUUCGCAAAAUUAGCUGUGAAGCAAGAAAUAGAACAGACUAAUGGACCGAAUAAAAAUCAUUUAACAGUAUCUGGUGAUGGUACAUGGAAGACACAUAGAUUUAUUUCACUGUAUGGAGUUGCUUCCUUGAUUGGACAUUAUAUUGGCAAGGUUUUAGAUGUCAUAAUGAAAAGGGCAUAUUGCAAAAUGUGUGAAUCGUGGUCGAAGAAAUUAAAUGAAGUCGAGUAUGAAGAAAACCCAUGACGUACCCAUCACAGUUAAUCACUCAGCAUGAAAAAUGGAGGUCGAUGCCAUUACGCAAAUGUUCCGAAGGUCUGCACGGUGUCAAAUAUGUUCAUUAUAUUGGAGACGGAGA